AUGGGGAAGCUGGAGGACAGGAAGAAGGAGAAAGAAAAGAAAGAACUAGCAGUACUUGUAUCAGGAGGACAAAGGUUUCCUAAAACCCUGGCUGAUUUCUACCUACUCGGUGGCCAGAACAGUAUCACUGGGCUACCUCAGCAGCAAAACGCUCAGAUUCUCAGGCUCCGGCACCGGCACCGGAAGUGGCCGCCCAGUUUGACUUCCGCUCCCAGAGUCCAAGCUCUUGUGGCUCGUGCGCCGGCUGUCAGUAAAGCAGUAGGCUUCGGGAAGCAUAGAGGCAGCGCGACGUGCCUCGGUGGCAGGGAAGUUUGUGGUGGCGGUGGCAUCGCGGGUGUCACCUAUGCUGAGCAGUUGGCUAUUCACUUUCCAUCAGAUGUUCUCCUGGUAACAGCUUCUCCUGCUAUUAAAGUGGUUACAAAUUUCAAGCAGGUUUCUAAAGUAUUGGAGGAGUUUGAUGUUGAAGAGCAACCGAAAACCAUGUUAGAAAAUCGCUUUCCCAACAUUAAGAUUAUAGAAUCCGGAGUAAAGCAACUAAAGAGUAAAGAACACUGCAUUUUAACAGGAGAUGGCAGUCAGCAUGUGUAUAAGAAACUCUGUGUGCUGCAGCUAAACCAAAGUUGAUAUGUGAAGGAAGUCCUUACGUAUUAGGAAUCCGUGAUACAGUGUUCAGGUAA